GUUUACAACUUCAUUAUGGUUCCUCCAACUUUGCCAUUCACGGAAGAUGAACUGAAGAAAGCCAGUCUUCUAGGCGAAGGCGGGUCCCUCUUUUUGCACGUCAAGGGCAUUCCUUCGUCAUCCCGAGAGGGGUAUCCGAACUCGCCGCGCAAGUGUUAAAUACUAUGAGAGAGCACCCGGGGCUGCUAAAACUCUCCCUCUUCGCUCUCCAAUGUGUUGGCCUCCAGGGCCAGCAGCGCAAAGCCCACAGCUCGCCUCGCGUGCCUGCCCUAAGCGACGUGACCAUGGCGUCCAAUCUCUCCGCCCUCACCUUCGCUAGCGAUGCCACCACUGCCUCCGUGCACGACCCCGACGUGUACGAGAAAACGUCAUAUUAUAACGGCAUCACCGGGGACGGCGACCACCCGGACCUCGUCUACCGGUCGGACUUCCUCACUACGCCCUUCCCUAAGCCCGUAGGCAGACACGCCUCUCUCCCCGUCAAGUCGCUCCGCGGAGUCUUCGAUACCCCGCUCAAUCGUGUCUGGGACGCUGUCGGUCCCCAGAUUCGUGACCUGAUCAAGGCUCGGAAGAUCAACUGGUCGUCCGUCGAUCCUGCCCGCUUCUUCACCCAUGCACCGCUGGGAGAGGAGGCGAAGGGGAGUCUCGGUCCCGUCGUCAUAUGGAUCGGCGUUAUUCCAGGGUCUACCUCCGCCGAUACCGCCCACGAGGUCUCCCAAGAGAUCCUUACCCUUCUGCGUAAAAACGGAGUCGACAAUGUUGUUGUGGAAUGGCGCGAGGCGGUUCCGCAGAGGCUCGCGGGUCCACCCCUUAUGCGCCAUGUCGACAGCAGCAAUGCCACCCAUUAUGUCCGUCGCUUCCUCACUGCUCUUCUCGGCGUUCCCCUUUCGACCGAAGAAAUGGAGGAUUCCCAGGGUACUCUUACACUCUGGUUCCACGAAGACAAAGACAAGGACGGCAACCCCAGCAAUAAGGUUUACGGAAUCAGUAACUGCCACGUCCUGCGCAAGAACACCACUGUUGAUUAUGAGCACAGAGGCGGCGCACCCAUGGACCACGUUCGAGUGUGUGGAAUGCGUCGAUUCCAGCGUGGCCUGGAUGAGAUCACGAAGGCCAUUGCUGAUCGCGUCAUUCUCGCUGACCUUUGGACCCGAGAUAUUGUUACAUUGCAGGCGAAGGAGAGGCAGGACGCGGAGGACGCGAAAGCCGUCAGGGCGAAGCAACGCCAAUUGGAAGACGAGACCGAAGCUAUCGCCGAUCUCGAGGCUUUCCACGAUGAGGUCACGAAAUUCUGGGCCAACAUCAAGCUCCACCGCAACAUUGGGCACGUUCAAUAUGCUGCAGCCAUCUCGGUCGACGUCGGAGGUGGCACACUAUAUACCUCGGACUGGGCUGCGUUCUUAGCUGCUGAGGCGAAGGUCAGUGACGAAUUCGAGGGCAACGUUGUUGAUCUCGGAUCCAAGUACGAUCCUCAAGUCCUUACAAACAUGUUCUAUCCUCUCGGUGGCGGUUCGACCACGUUCAGGUUUCCCAACGAGGGGAAGCUCCGGAUCGAGGGGUGCGCCACGCAGGAGGACCUAGCCCACCCUACAGAGCUUGACAGCGAAGGCCAGCGCUGCCUUAUAGUCGGCAAAGACGGCAACAGUACUGAUCUCACCGUCGGACGCUACGCCGGCCUAGUUUCAUUUAUUCUGAACGAAGUUGGCAUCGAGUCCGUCGAGCUCGGUAUCUACAACUCGGGCGACAAGACUACCGAAGUCUUCUCCGCUAAAGGAGACUCCGGCUCCCUCGUCUGGCACACGACGAACGGUAAAGCUCGCGUGGUUGGCCAACUCCAUUCUGGGCACAACAAGGGCGGCUCGACUAGCAAUCAUGUUACGUACUGCACACCUGGCUGGUACCUCCUGGGCCAGAUCAAGACGAGGUUCAAGCAUGCCGACUUCUACCGCACCACCUGGUCAGCUUAAGAACAACAUUAUUUCACACGACUAAUCUCGACGGUAAUUGGUGCUGAAUGGUGCCGCAUGGUCCUGCGUUGCUGUAGCGUGGAUGGGACAUUGCGGGUGUCAGUUCUUCGCAUUCCAUAUCCUCACGUGAUUUGACGUGCAUGUGACACUGGAGGAAGGUUUCCUUCUGUCUGCUCCCUCAGCACUGCCUUCGCGUCUGCUCCAUCAGGACUGUUGUCUGCAUCUAAGCUCCCUUCUUAGCUUCAUGUUGUGCUGUGCUUUCAACUUGUCUUAGUUGGCUUGUCUUCUGUUGCAUCUACCCACCUCCUCCCCUUUCACCAACCUGAUAUUCCUAGCUUUUCAGUCUUGUAUUUUUAC